CCCAACAUGCCUAUCAUCCUGGGCUAUUGGGACAUCCGCGGGCUUGCCCACGCCAUCCGCCUGCUCCUGGAGUACACCGGCGCAAACUAUGAAGAGAAGGUGUACCAUUUUGGGGAUGCUCCUGACUUUGACAAAAGCCAAUGGCUGGAUGUGAAGUUCUCGCUGGGCCUGGACUUCCCUAACCUACCCUACCUGAUUGAUGGGGACCACAAGAUCACCCAGAGCAAUGCCAUCUUGCGCUACAUUGCCCGACAGUACAACCUGUGUGGUGAGACUGAGGAAGAAUGUAUUCGAGUGGAUAUGCUUGAGAACCAUGUCAUGGACAUCCGCUUGCAGCUGUCCCGAGUCUGCCACAACCCAAACUUUGAAAUUCUGAAAAUUGAAUACCUGGAGCAGCUUCCGGGGCAGUUGAGGCUGUUCUCCGUGUUUCUGGGGAAGUGGACGUGGUUUGCAGGGGAUAAGAUCACUUAUGUGGAUUUUCUUGUGUAUGAUGUCCUUGACCAGAACCGAAAGUUUGACCCCUGCUGCUUGGACGACUUCACAAACCUCAAGGCUUUCUUAGAUCGAUUCGAGAGUCUGAGUAGUAUCGCUGCCUACUUAGCCUCCGAGCGCUGCCAGCCCUAUCCAAUCUUUGCAAAGAUAGCCUGCUGGGGUAAUAAGUAG